UUGAUUAAAACAUUUAUGUUUCUAUUGCAGAUUGCCACAGAAGCAAUAGAAAAUAUUAGAACUGUUGUUAGCUUGACCCGAGAAAGAAAAUUUGAGUUGAUGUAUGGAGAAUAUUUGAUUGUACCAUACAGAAAUUCUGUGAAGAAGGCACAUAUAUUUGGCUUUACUUUUGCCUUUACACAAGCAAUGAUGUUCUUUACCUAUGCUGGCUGUUUCCGGUUUGGUGCCUAUCUAGUGGCAAAUGGACACAUGGAGUAUAAAAGUGUGUUUUUAGUGUUUUCAGCUGUUGUAUUUGGUGCGAUGGCCUUAGGAGAAACCGCCUCUUUUGCUCCAGACUACGCUAAAGCCAAGAUAUCAGCAGCCCACCUGUUUCAGCUGUUUGAAAGAGUGCCCUCAAUAGAUAGUUACAGCGAGGAAGGAGAGAAGCCCGAAACAUUUGAGGGAAACGUAACCAUUAAAGAUGUGGCAUUUAACUAUCCAAACCGACCAGAGGUCAAAAUCCUCCAGGGUUUGAAUCUAAAAGUAGAAAAGGGACAAACUCUGGCUCUUGUUGGUAGCAGUGGCUGUGGAAAGAGUACUGUUGUUCAGCUGCUCGAGAGAUUUUAUGACCCACUUGAUGGAGAAAUGCUUUUUGAUGGCAAAGGUGCCAAGGCACUAAAUAUCAAGUGGCUGAGAGCCCAGAUUGGUAUUGUCUCACAAGAGCCAAUCCUGUUUGAUUGCACUAUUGCUGAAAACAUCGCGUAUGGAGAUAACAGUCGUCAGGUGCCAUUUGAGGAAAUUGUUAAUGCAGCAAAAGAAGCCAAUAUUCAUACCUUCGUUGACUCUCUGCCAGAUAAAUACAAUACCCGUGUAGGAGACAAGGGAACGCAGCUUUCUGGUGGUCAGAAACAACGUAUCGCUAUUGCCCGAGCUCUUGUGCGUCAGCCCCAAAUUCUGCUACUGGAUGAAGCUACUUCUGCCUUAGACACAGAAAGUGAAAAGAUUGUUCAGGAAGCUCUGGAUAAAGCCAGAGAAGGCCGUACCUGCAUCGUGAUAGCUCACCGCCUCUCCACCGUCCAAAAUGCUGACAAGAUUGCUGUGAUACAGAACGGCAAGGUUGUAGAGCAAGGCACCCAUCAGCAGCUUCUGGCUGAAAAAGGCAUCUACUAUUCUCUGGUCAAUGUUCAAAGUGUGUAAUGCAACCUGUAGAAUAAAGGCAGUACUUAUCUCUGAAUUCCCACUGGAGCUACUUCUGCCACUGUAAUUAUUUCAAUAUCAGCAGUCAGUCUUGAUACUUUUGGUUUUCUUCCUUCCUUUCAUAAAUCAUACAAAACUAAGUAAAUAUGUACCAGUUUCUCUGUAUUAGCUUUCAUUAUUCAAACAGCUUUAUUAUGUGGCCAAAACAAUGGCCUGUUGUCCUCAUGGAAGUAGAAGCAUGCUAAGCCAAAUGUAAUUAAUAUUAGCUUACUUUGAACUCUGUCAAAAGUCACAUUAAACAGGCUUGUCUGUAACCAACUUGGAAACAUUCUCAUGCUCAGUAAAAGUAGCUUUGCCAUUGUCAGAAAGAAACCUCAAGCCUUAUCCUCACUGUGCCUGUGUAAGACACAAGUCAGUCCUAUUAGGCUUGUUACCAACCUGUUACGAGAACUUGCUGGUCAGCUGAAAUUUGAUUCCAGAUGUCUCUUGUGGAGUUUUAGCCUGGCAUGACAGUAAAUGUCUUGAAAACAUGGGCAAAGUCUGAAAACAAGGGUCUCAAAACUGGAAGUACCUCAGUGGUGGUUGGUUACUGAUCACCAAAGAGUUGCAACCUCAAGACAUGGAAAAAGACAUAAUGCAGGAAAGAAACAGCAGAUCAGAAAAAAUCUCAUAACUGAUGGGCAAGACAAAGCACCUGCUGCAGCCCGGGAAAGAACUAUCUGCAAGUGUCCCGAAGUCCCAGGGGUCAGAGGUCAAAGACUAAGAAUUCUGAAGACUGCAAUAUUUUAUAAAAGGUGAAAAUCCAGGAUUUGGACUUGGAGGAGGGGGAAGGAAGGCAUCUUUUUCAUUGUUAGCAUGAUUCGCUGAAGAGCUCUUGAACUUGAUCACCGUAACUAAGACUCCCAAGGACGGUAAUUGUUGGUGCUAAAUCCUUGGCAUCAGCUCUGUGACAUUGUAUAUUAUUUGCUUAUUUAGGAUGACUGUUAAGUGCUAGCUGCUUUGAAUAUGUAGUAAUAUUGAUCUGUAAUUCUUAAAAUCUAAACGUGUAUAUUGUUAAUGCAUAUUUAUUCAGUAAAGUUUUGUUUUUAAGUUUAAAA